AACAUUGUUUUCAUUAUAAUAGAUUUUCUUGUACAACAGUUGCGGCAACACUGGAGUUUCUGCAAUUCAUUUGUGUUCAUUUAACCGGCAAUCAGAUAAUUUUUUUUUAUUAUUUGUGAUGAAUCUUACUAGAAUUUUCAAAGUACAAGGAACAAAAAUGGCUCUGAAAUUGAUGUCGACUGUCAAAUGUUUCGGUGGAGAACAGCGGAUUUAUUCGCAUGCAUCAGAAGUUCUGGGAUGCGAAAUGAAAUUUGGUGUCUACAUGCCACCUCAAGCUGUCGAUGAGCACACGGAAUGUCCAGUUUUAUAUUUUCUAAGUGGGCUAACCUGCACACAGGAUAACUUUAUUCAGAAGUCUGGCUUUCAGCAAUAUGCCGCAAAGCAUGGCAUUGUGGUUGUUAACCCAGACACUUCACCCCGCGGCUUGAAUCUUCCUGGAGAAGACGACAGUUGGGAUUUUGGUAGUGGUGCCGGUUUCUAUGUAGAUUCCACCGAAGCCCCAUGGUCUAAGAACUACAAAAUGUAUACUUACGUUACAGCAGAAUUAGUCGAAUUGGUGAAUGCCAAUUUUCCGGUGCUACCUAACAGACGCGGUGUUUUUGGACACAGCAUGGGUGGUCACGGAGCUUUAAUAUGUGCUUUGAAGAAUCCAGGUGUUUACCAGUCAGUGUCUGCAUUUGCACCCAUAUCUAGCCCAAUCGAAUGCCCGUGGGGUAGAAAAGCGUUUAAAGGUUAUUUAGGUACAAACGAAGAAUCUUGGAAAGAUUGGGACGCUACUCAGUUAGCUAAUACCUACGCCGGUACACCUUUGGAAAUUUUAAUUGAUCAAGGCUCCGAGGACAAUUUCUUUAAAGAGAAACAAUUGUUACCGGAAAAUCUCUUGAACGUCGCCGCUGACAAUGACCAUUUACAAUUGAUUUAUAAGAAACGUGAAGGUUAUGAUCACAGUUACUUCUUCAUUGCCACUUUCAUUGCCGAGCAUUUUGAUCAUCAUGCAAAAUUCUUGAAGGCAUAAUCUUCGGUAGCUAUUUGAAAAAUAAAUAAUGCCACAUCAAGUGUCUUAUUCUAUUUAGAGUCUUAUUUAUUGAAGAUUCAGAUUAAGAUAAAUUAUUAAAAAUACAUAAUUGUUUUUGUAAAUACGAGAAAUUGUGCUGGUCUUUUUGAGUGUUCAUAAAAGUAAGAUUAAACAAAUAAAUUUAAAUUUGCAGCC